ACAGAGUCGAGUUGAGUUUUAACUUUUGCACGGGUCGGUUCGGUUUUCCAUAUCCGGAGAGGAGCAAUUCGCGAAAUUUGCUGCUGUGCUAAAUGGCGGAACUAGCCCCAAGGUGCACAAUUUAAGGUGUUGUCAUCGUUUGUUGAUUGGUUCUGGCCGCCCUGUGGGGAUCUCUUUAGGUGUAAUCCCGGAAAAGGAAGAGCCAAGGAUACUUUUGGAGGUUUUGGAAAAGAAGCUCCAAGACACCUGCGAGUUUCCCAGAUUUCGAUCCACGGAAGAUUUUCACCUAGUUUAAAAGCCAGAAGCAGUAUAAUUCAACUAACCUGUGCUUUACCGAAAGUCGCAUCAAUGAAGAAAGUGUUUGAAUAGAAGCUGUGACUGUGUGUUUGUGUUUCACGAGAAAGAAGAUAACGAGCUGUCCCACAACAUCAUCAUCAGCAGCAGCCUUGAACGAGAGAAAAGCCCGCACCCGGUAUCGUUCCGAUGCAACGGAAUUUCUAAACAGGUCUAAACCGUACGACGCACGUCGAGAAUUCCGAAGGAAACCUGUUUAAGCUUAGCUCGCUAAUCGUUUUGCGCAAAAAGCGCUGACUUUUUCGCCGGGUGCCGAGGGUGCAAUACCAGCUACCAAAGUGACGACCUCCGAGGUGGCAAGUGGAUCGGACAGCCCCCCUCCGCCUGCUCCACACUCGGACAUGGAGAUGGAGCCGCGGGUGGCGAUCCUGCAGGACCUCAAGAUCCAGUCGUUCGACACGAUCCGGUUCGCGUCGUACCGGACGGCCUGCAAGCUGCGCUACGUCCAAAAGUCCACCAACUUGCACCUGGUGGACAUCUGGAACGUGAUCGAGGCGUUCCGCGAGAAUGGCCUCAACACGCUGGAACCGCAGAACGAGGUCAGCGUGAGCCGGCUCGAGACGCUCGUUUCGUCGCUCUACCACAACCUGAACAAACGUCUUCCCCCCACGCAGCAGGUGCCGGUCGAUUCCAAGGCCAGCCUGCUGCUCAACUGGCUGCUGGCGGCCUACUCCGGGGACAACUCGGGCAAGAUUCGGGUGUUUUCGAUCAAGGUCGCGCUCGCCAUCAUGUGCGCCGGCAAGAUGGUGGACAAACUGCGCUAUGUUUUCUCACAAAUUUCGGACGGUGCCGGCCAGCUGAUCCACUGGAAGCUCGGAGAUUUCCUCCGGGAGGUGCUGGCCCUUCCGGCGGCCGUUUUCGAAUCGCCCACAUUCCACUACCAGGAAGCGCUCGAGAGUGAAAUCUUCCCCGUGGAGAACAAAAUCACCGUCAACGACUUCAUGGCGGCGCUCAUGUCCGAACCCGGCCCGUCCUGUCUCGUGUGGCUGUCCCUGCUGCACCGGUUGGCCACCGUCGAAACCGUGGUCCAUCCCACGAUCUGUUCCGUCUGUCUGCGGGAAAACUUCACCGGCUUCCGGUACCGGUGCCAGCGAUGUCACGCGUACCAACUCUGUCAGGACUGCUUCUGGCAGGGCCGCGUUUCGCUGAACCACCAAAACGACCACGAGGUCAAGGAGUACUCGAGCUACAAGAGCCCCAGCAAGCAGAUCGGUCACUCGCUGCGGAAAAGCUUCCGGUGUGUGCCGGAGAAGCCAAAUCAGGUGCUGCCGCGGUUUCCCGAGCAGCCGGAGAAAACGCUGAACCUGUCCCACAUCGUGCCGCCGUCGCCGCUGCCCUCGCACAACGGGUUCAACGACGGGGGUGGGGCCAUGAUUCCGGGCAUGUACGACCGGAGUAGCACGCUGGAUUCGAGGGCAACCGGCCUGUCGCUGGACAGCAACGGAACGUCGGUGACGCGGGGUGGUGGUGGUGGCGGUGGCGCCAACUCGAACGACGAGGAACACAGACUGAUUGCCCGGUACGCGGCGCGACUUGCCCAGGAAAGCCGGACGCCCGGCGGUUCCGCCCCCGACCCGGUCCAGAUCGGGCUGGACAGUUCGCGGGCGCAGCGGGAGCUGAUCAUGCAGCUAGAGUCCAAAAACAAGGAAAUCAUGCGGGAAAUCCAGAAGCUGCGCCGCCAGCAGGAAGCCGAACAGGUCGCGCCCGAAAGUCCCGCCCUGAUGACCGAGCUGCGCGCCCUGCGGCAGCGCAAGGGCGAACUCGAGGGCCACCUGGGUGCCCUGCAGGACUCGCGCCGCCAGCUGAUGGGCCAGCUCGAGGGUCUGAUGCGGAUGCUGAAGAAUCACCAAACGCAGAGCCCCCGCUCGACGCCCAACUCUAGUCCGCGGUCGGGCAAAAGCCCACCACUACCGCAAGGUCCCCAAAUGCCGAGCCAAUCGCGCGGACCAAUGCAACAGAACGUGCCAGUCCACCUGCAGCAGAGUCUUCUCCAGCAGCAACAACUGCAGCAGCAGCAGCAGCAGCAAAUGAUGCUCAACAACCACCAGGAUCCGGGAGGUAUGGGACAUCACCAGAUCGGAUGGAUGCCCAACGGGAACAAUGCUGCCAGCGCCAGUGGGAUGGCGGCGAGGGGCGGCCCGGGGGGUGGCCGGAACGAUUUGCACUACGCCGCCGAUUCCGUGUCGUCGGCCAUGUCGUCGCUGGUGCGCGAACUAAACUCAGAAGGAUCCGACGAAGAGUAUGGCAUGCAACACAAUGUCAGACAGAUGCUAGACUUCGAGGAGCUUCACAUGGCGAAUCACGACUGGAGUGAUAAGGACAACGCCCAGUGGCAGGAACAGUUUGCUCAGUGGAGUCUGAACUCGCAGAACCAGUAAAUGCACCGCGCGUCGAUGUUUGGGUUUUGCGGCAAAAAUGAAAGGAGAAACUUUUUGAAAAAGGAAAAACACAAAACCGAAAUUAGUCAAAAGCCAUGCUCUCGGAGAGGAGAGCAGCAUAUCACGUUGAAAAAUAUACACACUCACAUAACCGGUAGCAAGAGAGAGGGAGAGAGAGAAAAAAGGAGGAUGAAUUUAAUGGAUGUAUGGUUGCUUUUUGUUUCAGUCAUACUCGUUGAGGGAGGCAGUUUGUUCUGCCCAAAGUUUUGUGAGUAGUGUUUGUUAUAGAACUUUUUUCUUUAUUAAAUUGUCCAAUUUAUUUAUUUGUGAUCUCUAUGUGUUAGUUGGAACAAAUAUUACAAGUUUAAAUCGAAACCACGUUUAAAUCGAAUGCAAAUUUCUACUCUUGUAUAGACUCUAAGGAAACGGAUCCAUUCCACAAUCGAAACUAUUUACUUAACUUGUUUAGAUUGACUAUUUUUCGUUUAUUUUUAUUCUCUAUGUUGUCGUAAUAAAUGUAUCGAUAAGUUUUGUUCACGUUUUUCUUAUUUUAUGUUAUUCGAAAUAAAUCAUCCUCACGCAUUUCCACCUUGUUUGGUUUUAUUUUCGUUAAGGUCCUUUUUUUAAAAAAAUACGCACAGAUGUACAAAUUGAGCAAACACACAAUGAAAAAAUAAAGCAGCAUUACUAUAACAACUAAGCUUAUUAGGCAAAUUGGAUUGAGAAUCACAUCGGAUCAAUUUUAACUCGCAGAUAACCAACAUUUAAAGCAAGCAGUAUUUUUCUCUUCCAAUCUAUUGAAACUUUUUUUUUUCUUCUAGUACCAUCAAAGAUUUAAAAAUGCAUAAUUUGUAGAAGGAGGGGAAGGACAAAAAAAAGUUGCAACCUAACCAAUAAUCUGUAGAUAACAUUUAGGCAAAUCAAAAACGUGUUUUCGGCAAACCAAUUAAAUACUCAAACCAAAAUUAUUAAUCGAUUUUAGACAUGUUCAUCGAAGGCAGAAAAAAUAGUAAAACAUACUUAACAUGAUUAAAAACUAACCCUCAUCAGCCAUCUGAGUCGCGGUCGCAGUGUAAAUACCAAAAAAAGGUAACAAGAAAAAACAAGCAGCGUUUGUAGGCUAGUUAAAAAAAAACAGUGGAAAUGUCCUUCCAAAGGUAUAGCGGUAAAUGGAACACACUUUCCUCCCGCGUAUGCACGAAACAAGUUGUUCUGUAGCACACAAACACACACA